AUGAACGCGCUGUACUCUUAUUACGAUGAUUAUGAAGACGAAGCCGAUGAGAGCCAAACAGAAACCCGAUUUGUGCUGUGUUAUUGCGAAGGAAAGUGUCCUUUCGAAGACGACAAAGGUUUAUGUCGAAUUUCGUCGCCAGGUGGGAAAUGUUUCGCCGCUAUUUCAUACGAAAUUGAAGAAACGGGCGAGGAAAUCGUUACCAAAACGUACGGGUGUAUCGAUGACGAACAAAUGGCUCAAUUGCAGUGCAAAGGGGCUCUAGUGCCGCAUUUGAACAAGAAAAACAUCCAGUGCUGCGACGACGGUGACUUCUGCAAUAGAAAUCCGUAUCAAUUUGAGCCGACAAUUACUAGCGAGAACAAAUUACCGAUAAUAAUAAUAACGAGUUGUUGUGUUUUAACGAUACUCACGUUCCUCCUAUUCCUGUUCGCGCUGUACUUGAAAUUCAGGAAACGGAACCUGGUUGAUGUUAUUAACAAGAUAGAAGAAUGUAAUUCGAAAAAAUCGCAAAGCCACGGAGGUUCCUCCGGGGAAUCGGGCUCGAAUUAUUUGACGAUGGUGCAAAGAACGAUUUCCAAACAAAUCGACAUGGAGAAAGUGAUAGGUAAAGGCCGUUACGGUGAAGUGCGGUUGGGGAAAUGGCGCGGCGAGAAAGUGGCAGUUAAAAUAUUUCAUUCGACCCAAGAAAAGUCUUGGAUGAGAGAAACGGAGGUGUACAAAACCGUUUUAAUGCGACACGAAAACAUUUUGGGAUUCGUAGCGGCCGAUAUUAAAGGUAGCGGAAGUUGGACUCAGCUACUCCUCGUGACAGAUUAUCACAGCAACGGCUCUUUAUUUGAUUAUCUCCAAAAAAACACAGUCGGUCUGGAUAGACUGCUGUUUAUGAGCUUGGGAAUAGCCAAAGGUGUUAAUCAUUUGCACACUGAAAUAUUCGGGGUACCUGGUAAAGCAUGCAUAGCCCACCGAGAUUUGACGAGUAAAAAUAUCUUAGUGAAGCAAGACAUGGAAUGCUGCAUAGCAGAUUUCGGAUUGGCUGUCAAAUUUGACAGCACUACUAAUAAGUUUGAUGUGCCAUUAACAGAUAGAAUCGGUACAAAAAGGUAUAUGGCACCCGAAAUUCUUUCGAAAAUGGCUAAUUUAAAUGAUAUAGAUGCGUACAAAAUGGCCGACAUAUACGCUUUGGGUCUAGUUCUGUGGGAAAUGUCAAGGAGAUGUAAUUUUAUGGGCGAAAAAUCUUUACCGUAUGAAAUUCCGUUCAACGAUUUGGUGAGUUCCGAUCCGAGUUACGAAGAAAUGCAGCAUAUCGUUUGUACUAUGAAAAUUCGACCUGAAAUACCGGAAAUUUGGCAGAAGAACGAAAAGAUGAAAAUGAUGACAAAAAUUAUUCAAGAAAUGUGGCAUGACAACCCAACAGUGCGAUUAACUGCUCUUAGAGUGAAAAAAACUAUGCAUAAAUUAAUUACGAAAACAGAAGAAUCUUUAAAUAUAAGCAAUUGUUCUGAGAUCGAAUAA